AUGACUAGAAGACGUAAUACCAAUGCGCGUAAGCCACAACAAUCGGCCGAUGGCGCCCACAACACUUCCUGUAGAACCGAGAAGGAUACCCAUUAUCGAGACGAGCCAAGGAAGGGUAAUCAAGAUCAAGACCAAGUAGUACAAGGAGGACACAGUAAACGUGGGCAUGGCGAUAGACGGAGCAUGUCGCCAGGACGAGGAGACGCUCAUGGUGAACAACAAGUUCACCGUCGCGACAACAGACGGUCGCGCACCCCACUGGAAGCCCGUAACACCCACGAUGAUCCAAUCAAGACUCAGCAAGUCUGUGGAAGUGUGAAUACACAUGUCGUGGAUCAGGGUCCCGCAAAACGUAAACGAGAGUCCAAUGAUGACAUGGAGCAUGCCUACAAGAAGGCGCGCACCAGUCAUGGAGAAAUACAAUCAGCAGGAGCUGCGAAGUCACUGCAGAAUGAAGGUAUUUCAGCGGUGGAGAAAGAUGAGGAUGUACACAAAGAAGUCCCAGGUCUGGCCACGAUCAAGAAGUUAAGUGAGGAGGCGAGGCGAAAGCUUCGCGAGCAUAGAUUUGGACAAACACCCAUUCAUCCGAGCAAAGCUGCGGUAUUAAGGGCAGCUAACCAGCAGUCAAAUUGCCCUGAACCGGCACAUUGUGUCAAGCACGAUUGCAAGACUACACAUGUACCCGAAACCGAGCCAAAAGCAAAGGCACUCAUCCCACACACCCCUGAUCAGAAAGGCAAACCUAGUUCUGUGCGACAGUCUGAUGUUACUACCACCGUCGCGAUUCCAGAGUCGCAUCAUGAAGCCAUCACCAAAGCCACCGCCAUAACCCUCUUGUGCCGACAGCAAAGUGCUGGCAAGAUUACAUUCAAGAUGAAAGUCCCAGAGAUGGAUAUAUCCCGAGAAGUUUUGACAACAGGGAAUUCUAUCUCACCUCCAAGCAAAGCAUCGAUUCCCCCAAAUAAGCGCAAUAAGCGCAGACAAGAGGAGGUAGAGGAUGCUAAGACAAUUCCGGCAAAGAAGGCAAAGAUGAACGACACUGCUAUAAAGAGACGGAAUGACAAAAUCAAGCAAUCUUUGAACGAUCAUCAUCUACAUGCAGAUGAGAAUCGGUUCCCAGAGGAAGGACUCACCUUCGUCGCUUAUGACGCUUACAGCAUACCUCUCCUUUGCUCGCAUUCGAUCGAACAUCAGUACCCAUUCGAGAUUUUGAACAAGCCAUCUGACAAGCUGAAAAGAUCCUUCGACAACGAGAGUGAGGUGGAGAUCUUUAAUCGCAAGAUGCUUGUUCUGCGGCAAGAGGCGCUACGACUAUCUGGGAAGAGAUUUUGGACGUCGGAAGAUCUAGGCCGUAAGAAGACCUCGAAGAGCGAGCCCGCUAGGGUCGUUAGCGACUGCGAUCUCUAUCUAUACAGUGGGAGGGUUCAUAUUGCUACUGAGCAGGGCCUGCUUCUAGCAGCAUCAUAUCUCAAGCUCAUCGGAGUUCCGGACACGCAGCCAGUACGUUUCGAUGGGCAUAAACCUGCUUGGAUGGGCCUCAUCACAGCCAGAUCGGAGCGUCGACGUGUCCUGAAGACAUGGGAUCCAACUCCUGUUCUGCGAGAGGGGGGUUGUAUCUCGAUUAUAAGCGGUUCCAUUGUCAUGGUUUACGAACACGGCGUUUUUGACAUCGACAACACGGCUGAUGGAAAGUCUCAAAUGGCUUACGGUGCGCGCAUGGACGACGGCUUUACUGGUUGGUUCAUGUAUGCAAAUACAUGCCGUAUUGAUUGGCUUGAAGAUCCAGAGAAUAUUCCCAAGGCUUCCCCUGAUCCCACCAUGAUUGAUUGGGCGAAAUUUGACUUUGGCCCUCUUGCAUCUAGAGCUGCGGCACAGCAAGCGGCGCAACGAACAUUAACGGCUACAGCCCAGGAAACGCCAACCAAUAAUGAGCUCAGCGCAUCACAUCCACUGGCAUCACAGGCAUCGGUAUUUCCAGCACCUGGUAAACUAGUUAUAGCAUCGCCCGCAAAUACAGCAGUACCAGUAGCUACACUCGCUACGGAUACAGUGAUACCAGCCGCCAGCAAGCAAGAGUCUAUAUUGGGUGCUGAGUCGACGCAGCCCAGCAUGUUGCAAGAGAAGGAGACGAUUUCAUUGCUUAGCAUCGCGGAUGGACCUAUCUCACGGUACGAUAGUCUUAAUUCUCGGUCUGACGAGAGUGCAUCUGAUGACGAAGAUGACAUCAUUGGGGAGACUAGUAGGUCUCAAGAUUCAACCACUGCCGUGCUAUCUGAACAAGCUACUGACUCUGGGCCUGCCAUUGUGCAAGGAACACCUACAGGUGCGUUCUCAAAGCUUCACCAGGCCUUGCCAGGCUUUGACGGACCUGGAAGAUACCAAGUGGUUUCAUGCGAGUCUGGAGUUCCAAGUGUUACAGCAAUGCGAACAAAAACAUCUCAGUCAACAGUUUUCCUGCGAGAGGAGGACGUAUUAGACUGGGACGAUUCUGACCUCUAG